CAAAGAUCUGUUUACUUUUUGUAAAUUGUAAAUAUCAUUUGAUGAUUAAUACAAUGUUCUGUUUUUGAAGGUGAUGUUUAAAACAGGGUGUGGUUAACAAAGGGUAUACAAUUGUAAAAGAAGAUAAGAAAGGGUGAAAGAAAAUCGUAGGCUGGACUGAAACCCUAACUCCACUCGACUGUGCCCAACUUGAUCGCCGCGGCCACCGCUGAUUCAGUCUUCUACAACGGUGUAUGAAUUCAAGGGCGAAAGUGAGCCAGUGAUACAAGUGAGCGAGUGAAAGUGGCUGCGGCGGCGUGGUGUUCUGGAUCGGUGGAUCAGAAGGGAAGGGAAAGGAAAGGAUGGGUCGGAAUUACAGGGGGAGGGAGGAGGUAGACAAGCACGCGGGGCUCCUCAAAUUGGCCCAAAUCCUCACAUACCUCGUUGUCUUUGCGGGGGGAGUCGUCAUAGGUCUCACCAUCAGUUCUCACAUCCACAACACCAAUUUCAUAUCCCAGCCCUACCGCAACCCUUAUCACCCUAACAGUUAUAUCCCUCUUCCCAACUGUUCCUCCGCCGCAGCCUCCUCCUCACCACCACCACCACCACCUUCCCCUCCUCCUCCUCCGCCUCUCGACAUGGGGGACUUCCUUCAUCCGCCCAACCUCACUCAUACUCUGUCGGACGAUGAGCUCUUCUGGAGGGCUUCCUUGAUGCCGAAGAAAGAAGAGUACCCUUUCCGCAGAAUCCCCAAGGUGGCCUUCAUGUUUCUCACCAGGGGUCCCCUUCCCAUGUUGCCCCUCUGGGAGAGAUUCUUCAACGGCCACGCCCCUCUCUUCAGCAUUUACGUCCACGCCCCUCCGCGAUUCCAUCUCAACGUCUCUGAGUCUUCCCCUUUCUACAGGCGCCAAAUCCCCAGCCAGGAUGUUUCGUGGGGCACAGUGACGCUGGCAGAGGCUGAGAGACGGCUUUUGGCAAAUGCUCUGUUGGACUUCUCCAAUGAGCGGUUUGUUCUGCUUUCCGAGAGCUGCAUCCCAAUCUACAACUUCCCCACUGUCUACCGAUAUCUCACUGACUCCGCCCACAGCUUUGUUGAAUCCUACGAUGAUCCCACCCGCUAUGGCCGCGGUCGCUACAGUCGCAGCAUGCUUCCUCAUAUUCAACUUCGACACUGGCGUAAAGGCUCUCAGUGGUUUGAACUCAAUCGUCUUCUUGCUGUGUAUAUAAUCUCUGACACCCAAUAUUUUUCCCUCUUCCGAAAAUACUGUAAGCCUGCUUGCUACCCAGAUGAGCAUUACAUUCCAACCUUCUUGAACAUGUUCCAUGGUCCUCUUAAUGCCAACCGAACCAUCACAUGGGUUGACUGGUCAAUGUUGGGUCCUCAUCCUGCAAGCUUUGGCAGAGCCAAUAUCACUGCCGAUUUUAUUCAGGCUUUAAGGAACAACGGAUCCCUCUGUCGAUAUAAUUCCGAGAUGACUUCCAUUUGUUACCUCUUUGCCCGCAAGUUUGAUCCCAGUGCCCUCGAGCCCUUGCUAAACCUUUCUUCUCAGGUUAUGAACUUUUGAACUAUUUCUUUUAGUGUACACACAAGAGAUGACGAGAUAUUUAACUUAUUUCUCCAUCUCUAGAUUUUGGUAGAGAAUUUAACAAUGUUAUUACAAAAUCAUUUUUUCUCUGUAAUAGUUGUACAGGUGUUGUUAGAUAACUUUGUGUUCUCUGAUAGAGAAUACCAAAUUCUUGCAGAAAAUGCAUUUCGUUCCUUCGAAGAAGGAACCCAUCAAUAUAGAAAUUUUAUGUACUGAUU